AUGCCGUCUGUGGCGUCGAUGGACGCAUUCUCGCAGGUGGACACGGACUAUGGCAGCGCCAUGAGCGCGUACUCGUGCUUUGAGAAGGAAGUAAUCACGCCGGUGAAGUUGCCAAGCGGGAAAAGUGUUCUGGAUGUGUUUGGGCUGUGCUUCGACGACGGCAGCUCCCUGCUAGAGCAGUACCACUCGGAACGCAAGGACACUGACCAGAAGUGGGAGUCGUGGCGAGCGACCAAGGACGGCGAGGUGUUCCGCGGGCAGCGCCAAUUCACGUGCACGACGCUGGUGAAGGCGAUGAUGAACAAGCCCUACACGUACAUCGAGUACGAGCGUUACGCGUUGCUCAAGGUCGGCGACGUGCCGACGCUGGCGGUGCAGUUUUCGAGCCAGGUCCCCGGCGUAAUGUUUGGUGACGCGUUUCGCGUGGAGGCGCUGGUGACGUUUACACAGAGCGGCAGUGGCGGAAGUGCGGAGGUGACGAUGCGGGUGUACGGCUACGUGCAGUUCCUGAGGAGCGUGUGGGUGAAGGGCCGCAUCCUGUCUACCACAAUGAACACGGAGCUCCCGGAGAGCUACAAGGCCAUCCAGACAAGUUGA